AUGGAUAGUGGUGAAGCUGAAAAGAACAUCAAAAUUUGGAAGAUGAAGAAGCUGGUGAAGUCGUUGGAGAAGGCUAGAGGUAACGGGACGUCGAUGAUAUCGCUAGUAAUUCCUCCAGGUGGCCAGAUUUCACAGACUCAGAAGAAGCUGACGGAUGAAUACGGUACCGCGUCGAACAUCAAGUCUCGCGUGAACCGUUUGUCGGUGCUGUCUGCCAUUACGUCGACACAGCAGAAGCUAAAACUUUACAACCAAAUUCCACCCAACGGGCUGGUGUUGUACUGUGGUGAUGUGAUCACGGAAGAAGGCAAGGUCAAGAAGGUUACAUUUGAUAUCGAGCCGUACAAGCCCAUCAACACUAAGCUAUACAAGUGUGACAAUAAGUUCCGGACGGAGGUGCUCUCGGAGCUGCUGGAGGCUGACGAGAAGUUCGGGUUCAUUGUGAUGGAUGGUCAGGGGUGUCUUUUCGGUAUGUUGUCCGGUAACACCCGGACUGUUCUACAAAAGUUCACUGUGGACUUGCCGAAGAAGCACGGUAGAGGUGGUCAAUCCGCGGUGCGUUUCGCCCGUUUGAGAGAGGAGAAGAGACACAACUAUGUGCGCAAGGUCGCUGAGGUGGCAGUGCAGAACUUCAUCACAAACGACAAAGUUAAUGUUAAGGGGCUAAUUUUGGCUGGUUCUGCGGACUUCAAGACGGACUUGGCCAAGUCUGAACUGUUUGACCUGAGGUUGGCAGCCAAGAUUGUGAAGAUUGUAGAUGUAUCGUACGGUAGUGAAAAUGGUUUCAACCAGGCUAUUGAGCUGUCCGCCGAGGCGCUGGCCAACGUUAAGUUCAUUCAGGAGAAGAAGUUGCUCACCGAGUACUUUGAUGAAAUUUCCCAGGAUUCGGGCAAAUUCUGCUACGGUGUUGACGAUACUCUGAAAGCGCUAGAUUUGGGUGCGGUGGAGAAAUUGAUUGUGUUUGAAAAUCUAGAGAUUGUUCGGUACGUGUUUAAGACUUCUGAAGACGAGGAAGUGAUCAAGUUUGCCACUCCGACGCAGGAGGACAAGUCCUACGCGAUUGACAAGGCUACAGGGACAGAGAUGGAGGUAAAGGAGGAACAGUUGUUAAUUGAGUGGCUGGCAGAGCAUUACAAGGAGUUUGGUGCCAACUUGGAGUUCAUAUCGGACAAGUCAUCGGAGGGUGCGCAGUUCGUUACUGGUUUCGGUGGUAUCGGCGGUAUAUUGCGCUACAAGGUCAACUUCGACCAGUUGGCCGACGACUCUGAAGAUGAGUAUUACGAUGAUGACGAGGGUUCUGACUACGAUUUCAUUUAG